AUGCGUGAGGCAAUCUGCAUCCACAUUGGCCAGGGCGGCGUUCAGAUCGGCAAUGCUUGCUGGGAGCUGUUCUGCCUGGAGCACGGCAUCCAGCCUGACGGCCAGAUGCCUUCCGACAAGACGAUUGGUGGCGGAGAUGACGCCUUCAACACAUUCUUCAGUGAGACAGGCGCUGGCAAGCACGUGCCUCGCUGCGUGAUGGUUGAUCUCGAGCCAACCGUCGUGGAUGAGGUCCGCACAGGCACCUAUCGUCAGCUUUUCCACCCGGAGCAGCUCAUCUCUGGAAAGGAAGACGCCGCAAACAAUUUCGCACGCGGACAUUAUACGAUUGGCAAGGAGAUCGUGGAUCUUGUCCUGGACCGCAUCCGUAAGCUCGCCGACAAUUGCACUGGGCUUCAGGGCUUCUGCGUUUACAACGCCUGCGGCGGAGGCACCGGAUCCGGUCUCGGCUGCCUGAUGUUGGAGCGCUUGUCCGUGGACUACGGAAAGAAGAGCAAGAUCUCCUUCACGGUCUGGUGCUGCCCUCAGGUGGCCACCGCCGUGGUCGAGCCCUACAAUACUGUCUUGUGCGUGCACUCCCUCCUGGAGCACACGGAUGUGACCAUCAUGUACGACAAUGAAGCGCUCUAUGACAUCUGCCGCAGGAACCUGGACAUUGAGCGCCCCACGUACACGAACCUGAACCGACUCAUCGCUCAGAUCAUCUCCAGCUUGACGGCGUCGUUGCGGUUCGAUGGAGCCUUGAACGUGGACAUCACGGAGUUCCAGACCAACCUUGUCCCGUACCCGCGCAUCCACUUCAUGUUGACCUCCUAUGCCCCUGUCAUCUCUGCGGAGAAG